AUGCAAUCGCUUGAACUCAAAACUGGGAAAAGUGGACAAUCCUCUGAGCAUUCCGCACAGGUGAUGCUUUAUUCGCUCAUGCUUUCGUCACGCUACAAGCAGCCCAUUGUAGAGGGUUCUCUGUUAUAUCUGAAGGAUGGAAUAACUCGUAAUGUCAAACCGCGUGCCCUGGAAAUGAAAGGCAUUAUUAGUCAGCGAAAUCGCUUGGCAUCUUACCUUUCGAAAUUGAAGCCUGAUCUGCUGCCUGCACCAAAAGAUGACCCGAAGUUCUGCGACAGGUGUGACCAUGCUUUAGUGUGCUCCUACUAUCAGGUUGCAGUAGAGCCUGCUGCCAGGUCGUCCCAUCUGAUGCUAAAUUUUGCAAAAUUAAAAACAGAUCAUCUGUCCGCAAAUCAUGUCGGGUACUUCAAAAAAUGGGUUACUUGGAUUUAUUCCGAGUGGUCUGAGGAUAAGGCCAGAAAGGGCAGUUGUUUGGAAGACCUGUGGCAGAAACCUGUGGCAGAAAGGGAAUCAGAAGGCUUUUGCUUAUCAAAUCUUCGUGUAGUGAGCCAUGUGGAUGUCUCGACUGACGGUUACUCCGCUUAUCUUCUCACUUUUGGAGGGAAUUCAAAUAUAGUCGAUUCGGUUUUCGCUCCUGGAAAUAUGUGUAUUGUUUCGACUUCAGCGCAACCAGGCAUACUCCUUGUACCCAUAGUGGAAUCGUCGUCAAAGAACGUGACGGUCCGCAGUGACCGGCUGAUUGACCUUCAGGAGACCUAUCACCUUGAUCUCUAUAACAGUUUUUCGACUUAUCCCACAACUCUUGGCAAUCUUGUUCUUCUCAUGGGGAACGACGAAGCG